UCAGCUCAGGGACUGAGUGAGUGAGAGACACAAGGAGAUUAAGAAAAAGCGAGAGAAAGACAUGUGAAACUCCAUACUUGCAGGAACUAUCCAAAACAUUGAGAUUUCUGUUUUGUAUGGGAAACCAGGAACAGAGCAGCAACCUGUCGAGAUUAUGGGAAGUCCGACCCCCACAGUAUUCCUUAAUGUGAGUGAAGAGAUGAACACCUCAUUGCUAGACUCACGUGAAAAUGAAGACCCUUACAGUGAGGCAGAAAUGGUCCUGCUGGGCAUGCUCAUGUCCUUGCUCGUCUUGAGCAUCGUCUUUGGCAACAUCCUGGUAAUCACGGCUAUUGCUCGCUUCCAACGUCUCCAAAAUGUCACCAACUGUUUCAUCACGUCCCUGGCCUGUGCUGACCUCGUGAUGGGCCUCAUUGUUGUUCCUUUUGGAGCCUGUUACAUUAUAUUCAAUACUUGGCACUUUGGUAGUUUCUGGUGUGAGUUCUGGACUGCUACUGAUGUGCUGUGCGUGACUGCCAGCAUCGAGACCCUGUGUGUCAUAGCUCUAGACCGUUAUUUGGCCAUCACCUCUCCCUUCCGUUAUCAGUCCUUGUUGACCAAGUGCAAGGCUCGAAUUGUGGUGCUGCUGGUGUGGGUGAUUGCAGCCCUGAUUUCCUUCCUGCCCAUCCAUAUGAAGUGGUGGACGUCAGAUGAUAUUGAAGCUCAGCGUUGCAAUGCAAACAGCAACUGCUGUGAAUUCAAUACCAACACAGCUUAUGCCAUCACCUCCUCCAUCAUCUCCUUCUACAUCCCAUUGAUCAUCAUGGUCUUUGUCUACAGCCGUGUCUUCCAGGAGGCUAAGCGCCAACUGCGGAAGAUUGACCAAAGUGUGGGUCGUUUUCAUAAUGUCCAAAACACCAACCCCGACUCUUUGGAGGCCAACGAUGGGCGUGGUGCCAAAAAGACCAAGUUUUGCUUGCGGGAACACAAGGCCCUCAAGACACUGGGCAUCAUCAUGGGGAUCUUCACUCUGUGCUGGCUGCCCUUUUUCUUGCUCAAUGUGGUAGUGGCCAUAUGGAAGGUAGACAACAUCAACCUCACUUUCCGGAUACUCAAUUGGAUAGGUUAUGCUAACUCUGCCUUCAACCCACUCAUUUACUGUCGUAGCCCAGAGUUCAGAUAUGCCUUCAAGGAGCUGCUUUGUAUGAAGAAAAAUCGCUUCCCCAAUGUUGGGCCUUCAAAUGGAUACAUCUACAGUAGGCAAAGCUGGCAGAGUGAACAGCAAGGGAGGAGUAAGGGCAGCUCAGAGGACAGUGACCCCAAUGAAGGGAGUCUGGGUAAGGGUGAGGGGCUCUGUGGUGUUGUGGACAAAACAAUGGACCCUAACGGGAACUGCAGAAAAGGCGUAACAACUGUCCUCUAACCUUGGAACACUGAGCCCUGCCAACAGGACGAUACAGACAUGUUUACACUGCUGCCACUGACUUUUUCCAAUUGACUAAUGGAGAUAAUACAGUCAAACUGACUGGCAGAGUCUCUAAAGACUGGUUUAAGGGAACGGUAAUGAUGGACAUGUCUGGCUGAGGAGGGAAAGGACUUUCUUUUUCCACACCAGUGAAUAAAUACUGUAGGUAGAUCACUUUUCCUUUUAUUACGUUUAUCAAGUUGACUUUACAUCUACCUCACCACUUUUUUUUUUUCAAUAUCUAUUUCUUAAAUAUUCAUCUAAGUUAUUUCACAUUGACUGACUGCCCACAGUAGGUAGACUUGGGCAGUAUCUCAGUUUAUUUACAUUACUAAGUGGUCUGUGCAGGCUAUAAGCAGCCUCAAAUGGAAUCUGUGGUCAUCUAUUUUAACUUCUCUGAUGUUCAUGGCAAAAAUAUGUAAAAUGUGUGAGUUAAGUCUUUAUUUCUAAGAGGUGUACCAGCACUAUUUGCCAGCAUAAAAAUGUUUUGUAUAUAUUUAAAUGUAAAUGCUGAAGGAUCCCACAGAUUCCAUUUGGGCAUGGUAGAGAGACAUGAAUAAUAAGUCACCUACUUUCCCUGUGAAAGUGUGGAAAAGAAAAACAGUAGGAUCAAACUCAAAGCCUUUUUGGCGCUUUGUCUAAAGACAUACAUUCCAAACCAACCAAGACUACAGUUAGUUCCUUCUCUUUUGAUGGAUUUUCAGAGUGUGAGAGAUGAGCAACAACAGGUGUGGCAGAACCUGUCUCUCUGUCUCCAUUGCCAGGCUUCACGCCUCAAACACUCCGGCAAUGUUCUGAGGCACUGCUCCCUGCUGUAAUGUUUUACAGCCAGUUGCACGGGACUAUCUGUUACCAGCAGAUAGCACUGGAGAUGGAAACAUUCACAGAAUGUUUAUCUACAUCUCAGUGCUGCAAGCUGAGGAACGCCUAGGGCCAGGAUCUGUGACUCAAAUGAUAAUACUUGCAAUCUAAUUCUUCUGCAGGACUCCAGUAUCAGUCAUGAAGUAAUAAUUAUCCAUUAUACUGUAUUUCAGUACAAAACAGAAGUCACUAUGGUUAAUCUGGCUACCCUGGGUAAUGGCCUCUAAAGCAUGCAGCCAUUUUAUGUAUAAAUUCCCAUGCAUACUUUUCUUAUGCGUUUGCAUACUGCACAUACCCACCUUUAGUCCAUUGUUAGCAGGUGGCCACAAAUAAAUAAAUUAUAACAUUAAUUACCUAAUAGUAGCACAAUGAUAACAUCAUUUUAGUGCCUUUGUGAGACAUACAAACCAUUAUAAUUCCAUACCA